CAGCGUGAAAGGGGAUACACUGGCCUUCUUUUCUCUUCUGAAAUCAUGAUGAAAAUUAAGACCCCUAGGAGUGGUAGAGUCAGAAGGGCGUUAGAAAAACGAGCUCCAAAGCUCGUGGAAACAGGUAAUAAAACACUGAUACUACAAGGUGCAAAGACGAGCGGCACAUUGAAUGAAGUUUUGAGUGAAAUUUACCCUCUAAAGAAGGGUGGAGCUGUGAGGUUUACGAGAAAGAAUGAUAAUAUAAGACCUUUUGAAAGUAGGGGUGAAACUUCUCUGGAGUCCUUUUCUCUUAAAACUGAUUGCAACAUCUUUGUUGUGAGUAGUCGAAACCCUAGAGCUUCAAAUUUCGCCUCUGUUUUUUUCACAUUGAUUUCAAUUUUCAACUUUAUUUGCACUUUCUCGAUUACCAUUGUUAUAAACUUAUAUUGUGUUUUCUUGGCUUGUGUAAUGCUAAACCCAUUAUUAAACUAUACAAUCACUACAGCUAACAGAGCCGUCACUAAAGCUGGAAGUGCCGCUGAAGCCAGCGUGGAAGGGGAUACACUGGCCGCCUUCUCCAACAAGCUGAGCAGCCCCAACUCCUCGGCUUUAGAAAAAAUGCCGAGUUUCUCUAUUGACGAAAGUCCAAGCUCCUCCGCCUUGGAUAACAACCCCGCCUUCUCAACGUUGCUCAGAACCUUUCUCUUCUCAAGUUGCUUAAACACCUCAUUAAUAAAAGUAAUUUAA